GUGGCCGAACAGUUCCGUAAGUACAUGGAAGAAAACUGUCACCGGGAGGAGAUCGAAAUGAAGGAUGUCCUGGCACGGUUUACUACGGACGUGAUCGGUACGUGUGCCUUCGGAAUUGAGUGCAACACGCUGAAAAAUCCGGAAUCCGACUUCCGGAAGUACGGCAAUAAGGCGUUAGAGCAAGAUCUGCUGCUGGUUGUAAAAUUUAUGCUUGCAUUGACGUUCAAGAAUGUGGCUAAAGCCUUGGGAAUUAGAAUAACGGAUCAUGGGGUAGAAAAAUUCUUCCUGCAGAUCGUUCAGGAAACGGUGCAGUAUCGCGAAAUGAACAAUGUCCAACGGAACGAUUUUAUGAACCUGUUGCUUCAAAUCAAAAACAAGGGAAGCCUUUCGGAACAGGACGCAGAACAAAUGGCCAAAGGCGAAGCCGGGAUGACUUUGAACGAGCUUGCAGCACAAGUUUUUAUAUUCUUCCUCGCCGGUUUUGAAACAUCUUCUACGACAAUGAACUUUUGCUUGUAUGAAUUAGCAACUAACCCCGACAUUCAAGAUCGUCUCCGCGAGGAGAUCAACCGUGCGAUCGAAGACAGCGACAACAACGUGACGUACGAUGUGGUUAUGAAUAUGCAAUAUUUAGAUCAGACUAUAAAUGAAACCCUUCGCAAGUACCCACCGGUUGAAUCGUUAACCAGAGUACCUCUUCGUGAUUAUACCAUUCCCGGAACUAAGCACGUGAUUCCAAAAGACACUUUGGUUCAGAUUCCUGUAUACGCUCUGCAUCGCGAUGCAGACCAUUAUCCCGAUCCGGAUCAGUUCAACCCCGAUCGCUUCUUGGCGGAAGAGGUUCAACGUCGCCAUCCUUAUGUUUUUCUACCUUUUGGAGAAGGUCCACGGAUUUGCGUCGGGCUACGUUUUGGAGUGAUGCAGACUAAAAUUGGUUUGAUCACCUUGCUAAGGAACUUCCGCUUUUCGCCAACGGCACGCACACCCAAGAGCAUCAUUUUCGAUCCGACAUCACCGAUUCUGUCUCCAUCAACCGGUAACUACUUAAAGGUUGACAAGAUAUAA